AUGGGAAGUGUAUUCUCCUCCCUUUUACCUUGCUUCAAACAAGGUCACCGUCAUCACUCGUCGGAGCGUCACUCUUCGUCGGCAGCAGCGACGGCGGCGCAUCCGUCUCAUUCCAAUCCGAUCGAUUCUCUCUGUGAGCCGUUGGAUGAGACUUUGGGUCAUUCUUACUGCUACGUCCCGUCUUCUAAUCGCUUCAUUUCUCCGUUUCCUUCCGAUCGGUUCGUCUCUCCUUCCGGUUCCUUCCGGUUAUCUCCCUCGCGUGAACCGGGUCGGAUCCGAGCUUCAAGAUCUUCCGAGCAGCUUCACACCGGAAGGUUUGUGACGAUUUCUGGCGCUUCCGUUAGCGCCAAUACCUCGAAUUCCAAAACUGUCCUUCAGCUUGAAGAUAUUUACGAUGAUGCCACUGUGAGCACUUUCGGCGGCGGCGUUAGGAGCAAUGUCGUUAAUGCCAAUGGCUUUGAAGGAACGUCGUCGUUUAGUGCUCUUCCGCUUCAGCAUGUGCCGUCAGGUCCGGAUCAGUCGGGUCUCUUCAUGUCGGGUCCGAUCGAAAGAGGCGCGACUUCAGGUCCGUUGGAUCCGGCCGGAGAGAUUUCGAGAUCUGAUUCCGCGUCGAAGAAGAGACGGAAAAGGAAGAAGAGCCUUUCAUGGGAGAGGAAGCAACGGUCAUGGGUUCUUCCCGUGUUGAACAUCGUUAGACCCGACGGUGGCGUUCCCGUCAAGGAUGUCACCGGAGAGAAGGGAAGUGGCGAUUUGCAGUGGGCAUUGGGGAAGGCAGGUGAGGAUAGAGUGCAAUUAGCGGUUUUCGAGAAGCAAGGAUGGCUUUUUGCUGGAAUCUACGACGGUUUCAAUGGACCUGAUGCUCCGGAGUUUUUGAUGGCUAAUCUCUACCGUGCUGUUCAUAGUGAGUUACAGGGGUUGUUCUGGGAAUUGGAGGAAGAAGAUGAUAAUCCAACAGUAAGAAAUUCGACGGAUGAGAGUAGGUUAGAUAGUAACACUCUAGAGUUAGAGCAACAAGGUAAAGUUGAGGCUCAAGUCGACGAAAGGGCGAGUUCGAGCUGUCAAGCAACAGAGAAAGAAGAAAACGAGAUAGGAAAGAGAUUGACGUCUCCAUUGGAGGUUGUACAAGUGAAGGAGAAGAAACGGCUAUGGGAGCUUCUUGCAGAGUGUCAAGCAGAAGAUGCGUUGGAUCUUUCAGGUUCUGAUAGGUUUGCAUUCUCAGUGGACGAUGCUAUUAGUGUAGGCAAUGCCGUGUCACUGGGAAGUACGAGGUGGUUGCUUUUAUCGAAACUGAAGCAGGGUUUAUCUAAACGGGGAAUGUCUGGGGGGAAGUUGUUCCCAUGGAAGUUUGGUGUGGAGGAAAAUGAAACUGAGGAGGUAGAUAAUAUUAAAGUAGAAGAAAAGGUUGAGAAGAGGAAAAAGAGACGAAAAGCGGGUACGGUUGAUCAUGAGUUGGUUCUAAAGGCAAUGUCAAAUGGUCUUCAAUCCACAGAGCAAGCAUUCUUAGAAAUGACUGAUAAGGUUCUCAAUACAAAUCCUGAGCUUGCAUUGAUGGGUUCAUGCCUACUGGUUGCGCUGAUGAGAGAUGACGAUGUGUAUAUAAUGAACAUAGGGGAUAGUAGGGCUCUUGUUGCACGGUAUCAGGUUGAAGAAACAGGUGCGAGUGUGGAGACAGGAAGAGUAGAAGAAAGACACAAUGGUUUAGACAAAGAGCAUUCGGUUGUGGAUAAUAAGGAUACUACAGUGAAUAACAAAGCCCCUUUGCCGCACACAAAACUGGUUGCUUUGCAGCUGACAACAGAUCACAGCACGAGCAUCGAAGAUGAAGUAACCAGAAUAAAAAACGAACACCCCGACGACAGCCAUUGCAUAGUGAACGACAGAGUUAAAGGACGGCUUAAGGUGACCAGGGCGUUUGGAGCAGGGUUCUUGAAGCAGCCCAAAUUGAACGAUGCUUUACUGGAGAUGUUUCGAAAUGAAUACAUUGGUACGGAUCCAUACAUAUCAUGCACACCUUCCCUUCGACACUACCGGCUAACAGAGAAUGAUCAGUUUAUGGUACUCUCGUCUGAUGGAUUAUACCAAUACCUGAGCAAUGAGGAAGUUGUAUCUCUUGCCAUGGAGAAGUUUCUAGAUGGAGAUCCUGCUCAACAUGUUAUACAGGAACUUCUAGUCCGUGCAGCCAAGAAAGCUGGAAUGGGUUUUCACGAGCUUCUGGAUAUCCCGCAAGGAGAUCGAAGAAAAUAUCACGACGAUUGCACUGUAUUAGUGAUAGCACUCGGAGGAAGUAGGAUCUGGAAGUCAUCAGGAAAGUACUUUUGA